GGCGGCGCGGGUUGCGUCGGCGGCCGCCAGAUGGCAGCGCGGCGGCGGCGGAGGCAGGAUGGUAAACAACGUCAGCUGAGACCCCCGACUUCCGUCUUCUUUUUUUAUUUUUUUUGACAAGAUGGAGAAAAACGUGCUGAAGAAUGUCCAGGUUUGCACGGACACCAGUGACUGUGUUGAGAUGUCCCGCACGUCUGGCCUGUACCUCAAGCCAGAGGCGAGGGUCAGCAUCACAGUCACGCUCCCGCAGCUCAAGUCAGGGCAGUCCAUAUCAAAUUGGGAGGUCAUGGAGAAGCUGCGCUCUGCCAUUCUGCCGGAAGUGUUCACGGUUAUCAAGGUGACCAAGAGUACGCUGGAGUUCCUGAGAUUCGAUGCAGAAAUUGAGAACAGAAAGAAUCUCUCUCAAGUCAUCAGUAAAAUUGAUCAGAAAGGCAUCAAGCUGAGUGGGUUCUCCGACCUCUUGAAGAUCAGAGCGACAGAGGCCAAGGCCCCCUUCCCCUCGCGUCAUGACUGGGACAGCUACUUCAGGGACGCCAAGCACAUGAAUGAGAUGAAGCCGGGAGAGAGACCAGAUACAGUUCACUUCCAGGACCUCCCAUGCCGCUGGUUUGCACAUAUCAAUGAAGCCGACACCAACAAGCCCAGCGAUUAUGUCCUCAGCAAAGUGAUGGCUUCCUUUGGGGAGAUCAGAGCGGUGGACAUCCCCCUCUGUGACCCGUAUCGCAAGAAAAUGUCGGCCUCAAUCAAUGGUAUCAAGACCUUCAGCUUUGGUCAGGACUUGGUGUUUGAGGCCUAUGUGCAGUUCAAGGAGUACAUAGGCUUUGCCAAGUGCAUGCAUGCAUUGCAGGGCAAGAAGCUAGUCUUCCUUGAAGGGGACAAGGCAUGGAGUGCAACCGUAAAGGUGGACUUUGACAAGACCAAGCACCUGUCUGAGUACUCAAUCAAAAAACGCCAGGCUGAACGAGAAAAGCUGCAGGCUGUAGAGCGUGAAGCCGAGGAAAAGCUGCGUAGAAAGAGAGAGAUGGAAGAGAUGAAAAUAGAAGAGGAAAGAAGGAUGAAAGAAGAACGCAAAGAGGCUAAAAAGAAGGAGAAAGAAUAUCGAAGGAAGGAGAGAGAGGAAAAGAGAAGGAAGAAAAGGUUGAUGAAAGUUGAAGAGAAGAUAAAGCAGCAGGAGGAGGAAGAGGAAGCAAAACUUGCCAGGAAGAUUGCUUUGGAGGAGCGCAAGCUGCUGAUAGCACAGCGCAAGCUGGAGAGCAUUCGACUCUUGGAUGAGCUUUUUGAGAGAAUUAAGGUCGGUCGUCAGAAGGAGAUUGCCCAGAAGAGGGAGGAGGAGAUCUUCCAGCAUUUGGAUGAACACAGUAAGAAGCAGGUGGAGGAGUUGAAAGAAAAAGAGCUAAAGGAACGCAGACACCAGGAGAAGCUGGCAGACCAAGAGCGAAUGCUGCGUGACAAGCUUGUCCGCUCCUACAAGUCCAGAGAGGAGGACCGGAUGGAACAGCAGCGCGAGAAAGUGCGCAAGGCUGUGCAGGGAAAGGUGCAACUCCAGAGCGUCAUAUCAGCUGCAUCACUGUCCUCCAUCUCGACUGCCACGUCAGAGAGUGAUACUGACUCUUCCUCUGAGUCUUCAGAUUCCUCGGCGUCUUCAGAAACAAAACUGGGCAAGCUGUCCACGGGUCGUCUUCGAAUGGAUCAUGUGGAUGAAGAGGAGCAGUAUGAUGAGUAUGGGGCCUGGCACCAUUCCCAGGGCUCCCAGCACCACUACUACUCUUACUAUGAGGGCUAUGGUGACUCAGAAGGCCACCCAUCUUGGGGCCAGGAUGAAGGUUUUGAACGCGGCAGGGGACGUGGAAGAGGCAGGUGGCGGUUCCCUAGAGGUCCGUGGAGAGGCCGCGGGUUCAGGGACCGAGGCAGGGGAUUCCGGGAUAGAGGUAGAUCCUUUAGGGGUUCUUGGAGCAAAUAUGGUCAGGAAAGAGAUGGGGCCAAACCACUGGAAGUUAACAAGCCUGUAACAACCUGGUACAAGAGAGGAAGUGACAAUGAGCGUGAUGACUCCAGGUCGAGGUCGAGGAGCAGAUCAAGGUCCAGGAGUUCCAAUUCACGUUCUAGGUCGAGGUCCAGGAGGUCCCGCUCCAGGUCGAGGUCAAAGUCGAGAUCUAGAAAGUCUGGUUCAAAGUCCCGUUCCAGGUCUCGAAAGUCUCGUUCCAAGUCGAGGUCAAGGUCCAGAAAGAAUUCCAAGUCGAAGUCAAAGAGUCGAUCCCAUUCCCGCUCAAAGUCUGGAUCGAAGAGCAGGAGCAGAAGCAGGAGCAGGAGCAGAAGCAGAAGCAGAAGCAGAAGCAGAAGACGUAGACACUCUAGCAGUGACGACAGGUCGAGCCGUUCAUCAAGGAGGAGGUACAAGCGAAGGAGUGAGCGCUACAGGAGGAGCAGCAGUAGGAAGAAGGACGAAGAUAAGGAUGUAAAUUAUGAAGACCUAAGAGAAAGUGACCUGGAACUCUCCAGUGAUCCAGAAGAUGCCUGGAGAUAUGAAGAGGAAUGUGAGGAAGAUGAAGAGUAUUAUGAAGAUGAAAACGGGUACUACCCCCAGUAUUCCUCCCGUGCACGCGGUCGGGCAGGAUUCAGGGGAUUUAGGAGGGGCUUCCGGGGACGGUGGCCCAGGUGGCGAGGGAGGGGGCGUGGAAGGGGUUAUUCCAGCUACUAUGACUACCCUGAAGAUUAUGAUUCUUGGAGGAAUGAUGAAGUUAGCACAAGGGACCAGUACCAAACCAUGUACCAGAAGUACUUUGAGAGUGUGGCCGACCGUGAAUCCUCCAGCAAGAGUGGACGUCCCCCAGAGGAGUAUGAUAAUAGGAAGGAGGGUGAUAACUAUCGGGAGAGAGAGGAAGGCCACAGGAGUAUGCACAAAGAGCGGGAACAGCCGCAGGAAGACUAUGAAAGCAAUCACAGAGGCCAUCAUGAGUACAGUGAUGGGAGGAAUCCAGACAGACUUAGAACUCAGGACAGCUGGCCUAGUUAUGAGAAGAAAUGGAAACAUAGUGCAGAGGCAAAGUCUGAAGAUAGGGAUAAUUACAAUGAAACAAGCAGAAAGGCCCAAGCAUUUAACAGGGAGUUAAUGGACUCUGUGCGUGGAAGGCGAGAAGCAGUGAGUAUGAGAGAACCAGAGGAUGCGGAGAGCCGGAGACAUAGUGAAAGAGAGAACUUGAGACCAAGGCUCAGCAGGGAGAGAACAAAACCCUACAGAGAAGAGAGAGACAAUAACAGAAAGGACCAUACAGUGAGAGAGAGUCUGGAGGACAGCCGACGGGAUCGCAGCUAUGAGAGAGAUGGACAGAUUUCAAGUGCAAUUGUCAAAAGCAGUGGCAGUGAAAGGAGAUACAGUGAUAAGUCUGUUUAUGAAAAAGAGCGAGACAAGGACCGUAAUGGUGACAAUAUUAUUGACUCUCGGUGGAAGAACCAAGUGCUAAGAGCAGACAUUGAGAGAGAUAGGAAACGAGAAGUUUCUGUGAAAGAUAGAUUGAGUUUUGGAAAUGUGAAAAGCAAUAGUGAAACUGAUCGCAUUAAUAAUAGGUUGAAAUCAAUUGCUGAACAAGGUGCCUUUAAGCAUAAGCAGGUGGACAGUGAGACUAGGGGUGCACGUGAGGCGGAGCGCAGGGACCUGAGACCCUGGCAUAAUACGGACUCAAGUGAAAGUAGACGGGAUUCAAAGCCCAGUGAUCCUAGAAGUAGGCGUGACAUUUUGUAUAACAGUAGUAGAGACAGACAUGAGACUGACCAUGGGGGAAGUAGAGAGAGAGGGGAUGAAGUUGGCGAAAGUAGGAAGAGACGGGAUCACGAGAGAGUUUCCGUGAGGGAGAGUUCUGAAAGGGAUGAAGAGUCCAAUGAAAGUGAUUCUGAUAGAAAGAGGCACCACAGUGAUGGUAGUAGAAAGAAACGGAAAAAGAGAAAAAGAAAGAGAGAGGAAAGAGGGGAUAUCAGAAGGCAUAAGCAUAAAAAGAAAAAGAAGAAGAGGGUUUUGGAAAGGAAGUAAAGGGAUUGGACCAAUCUUUUUCAGGUUGCUGUGAUAAACCAACUUGAACUUUAAACAAGUUUCAGUGACAUUUGAAGGACAUGAGAUUGUGGAAAGACUUGUGAAGUUGUAUGAAAUCUGAGUGCCUAUAUUUGUGUUGUGUACAUAUUUUCAUUUCAGGUUAUUUUAUAUUGAAGACAGUUAGAGACAGACCCCAUAUUUGCUAGAAUAAAAAGGAAAAAGGAAAGAAAAAAAAAAGAGCGGACUCCUCCUCCUCUAUAAAGUGGAUACAGUGAGCUGAAUUUCAGUAACUGAAGGGGCUGAGGAUUCUUGAGUGAAUUGUGCAGUUUCCAAACAAGAGAUAUUUUCUACCAGAUAAAAAUAAUGAUUAAGUGUUUUUCAGGUUUCUCUUUCAGCUUUUCUAUUUCCAAUGGGAAGUGUCUGUGUAGACAUUUGUAGACAGUUUCACUUGGUAGUAGAAAUACAGUGAUUGUUAUCCCAGAAGCGACUUGAGACUCGAGUGGACUGUGAUUGGAUAUGAGAAAGGAAACAAAAUUUCAAACAAGUUUAUAUCGAGAAUGACAGAUCAGAGAGUAUUGAAACUAGAAGAGUUUAUUUCAGUGAUGUCUAUGAAACAUAGGAUGCUAAAGUUGGUUACAGUGCACCUUCCAAGGUUUUACAAAGAAGCACUGAAAAUUGUGAAUGCAGAGAUUUUAAAAUGUUGUGAAGGAAUAUAUGAAGUGACAUAAAAUGGAUACCAAAGAACUAUCUUGUAUGGCUGCAGUAAUAAAUCAGGAAGAAUUGGAUUACAGCAUUUUAUGACUUAUACUUGAUUAAAAGUGACAGGGUUGAAGGUCAUGUACACGAAAUGAAUCUUGAAGUGUGUUGUGUAGAAUAGUGGAACCUUUAUAAAGACAUUUUAAACCUUGUGAGAGAAAUGCCUAUAAUAUUUCAGCAUUAUGUUACAUUUACAAAUACAUAUAAUUAUUGUGCAAGUGUAGUAUACAAACUGCAGUGAUAUAAGUAAGAUUUGACAUUUGUAACUUAAUAACGUGUUCACUAAAGAUUUUACUUUCACGGUUUUGUUUUGUCUCUUACUUUUUCUGACAUUUUAGAAUAAUUUUUACUUAUGCUGAUGAAUAUGAUAUGUAUUAGU